GAGAGAGAGAGAGAGAGAGAGAGAGAGACCCCUAGACUAAACCAACUUAUCCCCUACUCGUCCUGUCAUGCUACCUAUGACUCCUCUAAUGAUCCGCCGCCCUGUAUACCUUGGACCACGACAUUGGUUGGUGAAUGGGGUGGAGGACGAAGUAGGUGUGAAGGUGCUUGGUUAUGACGGAUGGGUGAAGGACGUGGACGUGGAAGAAGGUGUGAAGGUACUUGGCUAUGGUGGAUGGGUGAAGGAGGUGGAGGUGGAAGAAGGUGUGAAGGUACUUGGCUAUGGUGGAUGGAUGAAGGAGGUGGAGGUGGAAAAAGGUGGAAAGGUGCUUGGCUAUGGUGGAUGGGGGAAGGAGGUGGAGGUGGAAGAAGGUGUGAAGCUGCUUGACUAUGUGGGAGAAGGUGUGAAGGUGCUUGACUAUGGUGGACGGGUGAAGGAGGUUGAGGUGGAAGAAGGUGUGAAGGUGCUUGCCUAUGGUGGAUGGGUAAAGGAGGUUGAGGUGGAAGAAGUUGUGAAGGUGCUUGGCUAUGGUGGAUGGAUGAAGGAGGUGGAGGUGGAAGAAGAUGUGAAGGUGCUUGACUAUGAUGGAUGGGUGAAGAAGGUGAAGUUGCAGAAAGGUGUGAAGGUGUUUGGCUAUGCUGGAUGGCUGAAGGACGUGGCGGAUGAAGAACGUGUGAAGGAGGUGGAGGUGGAAGAAGAUGUGAAGGUGCUUGGCUAUGGUGGAUGGGUGAAGGAGGUGGAGGUGGAAGAAGAUGUGAAGGUGCUUAGCUGUGACGGAUGGGUGAAGGAGGUGGAGGUGGAGAAAGGUAUUGGGCUAUGGAUUGGUGGAUACGUGAAGGAGGUGGAGGUGGAAGAAGGUGUGAAGGUGCUUGGGUACGGUGGAUGGGUCAAGGAGGUGGAGGUGGAGGAAGGUGUGAAGGUGCUUGGUUAUGGUCGAUGGGUAAAGGAGGAGUAUGAAGGCGCUUGGCUAUGGUGGAUGGGUGAAGGUGGCUAUCAUGGUCGAUGGGUGAAGGAGGUGAUGGGGGAAGGUAUGAAGGUGCUUUGCUAUGGUGGAUGGGUGAAGGAGGUGGCGGUGGAAAAAUGUGUGAAGAACGGCGAUUUCGUACUUAGCUAUGGUGGAUGGGUGAAGGAGGUGAACGUGGAAGAAGGUGCGAAGAGGCUUGGCUAUGGUGGAUGGGUGAAGGAGUUGGACGUGGAAGAAGUUGUGAAGGCGCUUGGUUAUGGUGGAUGGGGGAAGGAGGUGGAGGUGGAAGAAGGUUUGAAGGUGCCUGACUAUGGUGGUUCCUAAGUUUCCGGUCCCUACCUACUAGCGUGGUCUAAACGUCCAUACCAGU